UUUAAAAUCAGCCGGGCCAGAUAGUCCAAGGUAUAUUUUAUUCAGAUUCUGGUUAGCAGAUCCAGCUAUUCAUAAAAUCAGAAAUUUAUUUAAAAUAAAUAUGAUGAUUUCUGAUAUUUUGUUGGAUGAAGAUGAUCAGAUAACCGUUGGAGGAAUGGUUGGAUUUCAAGAUGCCAGUGGUAUAACCGUAUCCAUGCUGACACAUAUGGAUUUGCCAAUCAUGAAGAAAGCAAUGAUGUUCUUUGAAGGAGCUUUUCCACAACGCCCUAAAGUUAUGCACGUUUUUAAUCCUCCUUCAGUUUUCGACACAAUCUAUAACAUGAUGAAACCUUUUAUGAAGGAAAAAAUGCAAAAAAGGAUGAUGUUGCAUAGAACAUCCAAUCUUGAAGAAAUGUACAAACAUGUGCCAAAAUCGAUUCUUCCCACUGAAUAUGGUGGUGAUGCUGGCCCAGUUCAAAAUUUAAUUGAUGAAUGGAAAAACAAGGUUGAAAGUAGAGCAGCUUGGUUUAAAGAUGAUGAACAGUACAAAUCAGAUGAAUCAAAACGAGUUGGAAAACCAAAAACUGAAUCUGAUCUUUUUGGAAUUGAAGGAUCAUUUAGAAAAUUAAAUGUUGAUUAA